AUGAAAAAAGAUGGUCAUGAAGGACUGGAAGUCCAGUCUUGUGGUUUUUUGACUUCUAAAACCCACAGGCUGGGCUGGUUGAGGUGAAGAACAUAAAACUUAAAGAAAAUGAAACUCUGAAGAUGGCCUUAGUAAGAAAAGGGAUAUGUAACAAAAAUGGCAUCAUUAACAAGAGCCAUCAGUAUUACUACCAAAUUCAACAACAGGAAUUUGUUACAGACAGAACUUGGUGUGAUUUUGUAGUACGAGGGAGCAACAAUGAAUUGUUUCAGCAAAGAGUACCUUUUAAUACA